AUGCUGAAGCCGGGUGGUGCGGAGGACGCCGCGCAGCUCCCCCCUCGGCGCGCCCGGGCCCCGGUCCCCGCGCCCGCGCCCAGACCCGCGGCCCCCGACGGCUCUCGGGCUUCAGCCCGCCUAAGUCUUGCCUGCUUGCUGCUGCUGCUGCUCUUGCUGCUGUUGACGCUGCCAGCCCGCGUGGACACAUCCUGGUGGUACAUCGGGGCAUUGGGGACCCGAGUGAUCUGCGACAACAUUCCUGGUUUGGUGAGCCGGCAGCGGCAGCUGUGCCAGCGUUACCCAGACAUCAUGCGCUCGGUGGGCGAGGGUGCCCGAGAAUGGAUCCGAGAGUGCCAGCACCAGUUCCGCCACCACCGCUGGAACUGCACCACCCUCGACCGGGAUCACACUGUCUUUGGCCGUGUCAUGCUCAGAAGUAGCCGGGAGGCAGCAUUUGUAUAUGCCAUCUCAUCAGCCGGCGUGGUCCACGCUAUCACCCGUGCCUGUAGCCAGGGUGAACUGAGCGUGUGCAGCUGUGACCCCUACACCCGUGGCAGACACCAUGACCAACGUGGGGACUUUGACUGGGGUGGCUGCAGUGACAACAUCCACUAUGGUGUUCGCUUUGCCAAGGCCUUCGUGGAUGCCAAGGAGAAGAGGCUCAAGGAUGCCCGGGCCCUCAUGAACUUACAUAACAACCGCUGUGGUCGCACGGCUGUGCGGCGGUUUCUGAAGCUGGAGUGUAAGUGCCAUGGUGUGAGUGGCUCCUGUACUCUACGCACCUGCUGGCGCGCACUCUCAGACUUCCGCCGCACAGGUGAUUACCUGCGGCGGCGCUAUGAUGGGGCUGUGCAGGUGACAGCUACCCAGGAUGGCGCCAACUUCACAGCAGCCCGCCAAGGCUAUCGCCGUGCCACCAGGACUGACCUUGUCUACUUUGACAACUCCCCAGACUACUGUGUCUUGGACAAGGCUGCAGGUUCCCUGGGCACUGCAGGCCGUGUCUGCAGCAAGACAUCGAAAGGGACAGACGGCUGUGAAAUCAUGUGCUGUGGCCGAGGCUAUGACACAACUCGAGUCACCCGUGUCACCCAGUGUGAGUGCAAAUUCCACUGGUGCUGUGCCGUGCGGUGCAAGGAGUGCAGAAACACUGUGGACGUCCAUACCUGCAAGGCCCCCAAGAAGGCAGAAUGGCUGGACCAGACCUGAACAUAUAAAUACCUCACUCAUCCCUCCACUUCAAACCUCCUGACUCAAAAGCACAAGAUCUUUGCAUGCACACCUUCUUCCACCCUCAACCCUGGGCUGCCACAGCUUCUAUUUAAGGACUUGGAGCAUAAUCCAGGGGGACUCUGGUGUCCUGGCUGGUUCCUUAGCCCUGGGGAGGAGGGGGAGUUGACAGGGAAUGUGAGAAACUGAGCAGCUCCAUGACUGCCUACUGU